AUGAAAUAUUAUUUGCAACAAACAAUUGAUUACAUAACGGCAGUUUCAAAUUACAUACCAUCUAUUUUUAAAGAAUUACCCAAAAAAAAGGAAAGUAUUUCUAAUUUUAGUAAUCAAGGAACAAUUAUACCAAUGACAUCACCUUUUGUAAGGCUUGCAGGUUUAUCUGGUGCUGCUGCAAUUGUUUUAGCUGCAUAUGGAUCGCAUUCUUUAAUAAAAGAAGAAUACGAAGUUUCAGAAAUUCAUUCAGUAGCACUUCUAUUUUCAACACAAUCUCGCUAUCCAAUUGUAACAGGAGCUCUAUUCGCUGCAGGAAUUGUUACGUUCUGUGGAUCAUGUUAUUACAUUGCUAUUAAAGACGAUAGAAGACUCGCUCCAGUUACGCCAUAUGGAGGACUUUGUUUUAUAUUGGCUUGGUUAUCAUUCGUGUUGUAA